UGGCGGUUGCUGUUGUUUUUAUAGUAGGCUGUGUUUUCUUCCCGUCGUGUUUUCUUUUCCUGAGAGCUUCUCUUCGGAAACGAUAUUCUACGUUAUCAGAUGUUCAUGUGAGCAACAUCUCUGUAAAAUGUGUAUCAAGUCUGCAAGCUCUAACCUCCACCUGUGCAGGCUUCAUCAUUAUGUCCUCUUGCCCAGAUAUCAUGACAGAUAGCCACUGGCUCUCAAACACAUAUGCGUGGUUUGCCUUGCCAUACUUCUAUUAUGACAUAUGGGCAAUGUACCAGACUCAUCUGCUGUUUCACCCAUAUCUUGCCGAGAAGUCCACCUGGGUUUCAAUCAGACAUUACCUUAGUCGGAAUGUGGUGAUGAUGGUCCACCAUGUCAUUAUGCCUAUGGUCUUCUUCCCAAUCAUUCUAUUCUUGAGGAAAGAUCAAGGAGACUAUUUCAUCGGAGUAUUUUACAUGAUUGAGAUCACCAUACCAUUCAUAGCAUUGUUUACAUUAUUGGUUCAGCUCAAGGUGACAGAACAAAUCUACACCAUCAUCGCCGGUCUGCUGAUGGUCAUCGUCUUCUUCGUCAGUCGUAUUCUUGUCUUUCCUUUCCUCUUCUGGUCAUACAGCAACUAUGCCAAUAUUGGAUUCUGGGACGUGCCUGGGAGUAUCCCCAUCAGAUGUAAUGUUGGUUGUUCUCUGCUUCUCCUACCUCAGCUGUACUGGCUGGUGCUCAUGGUGAAGGGGGCAUAUAAGGUCCUCUGUAAAAGGAUGGCCUUAAGACAGGUGUCUCUGGUGUCCAUAGGGAAAGCACACGGGAGUUAAUAGACAUAAGCCAGAUAGCUGUUUUGAGUGCACUUGAUCUGGAUCUUCUGGCUGC